CAGGUGAUAUUAUGGACGUUCAGGCCUUCGCCCGUCUGUCUAAAAAGCUGGCCAAGGUGCCAAAAAGGAAGAAGGAGGAGGGGUCCUCGAACCAGCCCCUUGUUGACGAGGUCCUUAAGAAAGUCGGGGCCUCCACGGUUUCGGAGGGUGGGGGCCACCCCAAGGGAGCCGCUGUUGUUGACACCGGUGCUGAAGCCGGGGGCUCCCAAGCUGGGGAGCUGAAGAGAAAAAAUACCGGGAAGGGCGUCAUGCCUCCGGAGAGCAAGAAGAAGAAAAAGACCGAGGGGACCAAAGAUGCCCCCCUGGUGAUCACUGAAGGGCCAUCUCCCUUCCAAGCUUCGGAAUCUAUCCACCUGGAGGAUUUCGAUGAGGGGGCCUGGCCCCAGGAGACUGUGCAGUUCUCCUUUAAGAAGGGGACUGCGGUCAUGCAUGGCACCCUCGAUCCGAGGGAGUUCCUGAGGGGUGCAACCCCCCCGCUGGAUCGGUCUACCCUCGGCCGGUUCGACGACGAGGCUCUUGAAGUCAAGGCCCUCCAGGCCUCAGUUUCUACCAGCCUGGCUUUCGGAGAAUACCUCCGGAGGAUGGAACAGACUCGCCUCCGGAAGGCGGAAGACGAUGAGGCCCUUAAGAGGCUUGUUGCCAAGAAUACCGAGGCCAUCAGGAAGAUGGCUGAGCUGGAGGAAGCUCUGAGGCAUGCGGGGGAUAAGUUGGAGGCCGUUAAGGUGGAGGCUCGGGCCGAGGGCAAGGCUGAAGCUGAGAAGGCAGCUGAGGAGGCCUCAAAGAAAGCUGCUGAUGAAGCCGAGAAGGCCAAGACUGAGGCUGUGGCCAAAGCAAAAGAGGAUGCUGUUGCUGCUUUCCUUGCCGAGGGGUGGAAAUCCGAUGAGCACCAGGGAUGGGUGGCCUCGGUCAUUGAGCAAGGCGUCGGCGCUUGGUUGAAGGGCCCCGGGUCCGAGUGGAUGGCCCUGAGAGGCAAAGACUAUUUCGAUGGAGGUGAGUUCUUCACCCAGCGCCUGAUAUACCGGAAGCUGGCCGAGCAUUUCAAGAUUCCCAAGGAUGACUUCGAUCCUUCGGCCUAUGGUCUUCCUCCCGGCAGCCUGAUGUGAGGGUCCCCCUCCCGGAGGGCGAGGAAAGGGUUCAGCUUGCAGACUCCGAGUUAAUGAGGGAGUACGGCCUCCAGGACGAAGAAGAUGCGGAGGAUGACGCAGCCUCGAAGCCGAGGGACGAGGCAGCCGCAGAAUCCCAACCUUGAAUUUUUCUAAGUACAUUUGAAUGUAAUAGUGGUAGGCUCCGGCUUCGGCCGUAUAUGUGAACAAACACCUAUUUUGUACCUUGAAUAUUCUUUUGCGGAUGAAUGAAUGAUCGCCUUCGGGCUCUUUGUAUAAAUG